AUGAUUAUUGCAAAUUAUGCUUAUGCUCGAGUACGACAUUUGAAUAAUUAUGAAAGAAGAAUGUUUGGAUGUGGUGGACUUCGUGCAUCAUGUAAGGGUCUAUUUUCUAAAUCAUGUUGUUCUGGUUAUGUGUGCCAUAAAAAUACAGGAAAAUGUGUACAGGCUAGUACAUCAGGUUCUGGUUCAUGGCUCGAUGAUCGAAAUGGCAAAUAG